GUUGACAUCGAAGAUUAAGUGCGCCGCGUGUGUCUCUGACAAACAUUGUUAGAGCUUACAUUUUACAAUAUCAGUAUAUUGUGGCUGCCGGUGCCCGGUGGUGCGUAUGUGUACUUCUGAUUUGAGGAGUGAACAUUGCAUCCGAACGAAUUCAAACAUGGCGCAGUAUGAUCUUACAAAUAAACUUACUCCAUACUUGGAUCGUCAUUUGGUAUUUCCCUUGAUGGAAUUCUUGUCCGUAAGGGGGAUUUACAAUGAAACUGACUUGCAACGCACAAAGUUGGAUUUGCUAUCCAACACAAACAUGGUGGAUUUUGCUAUGGACAUCCAGGCUUCUCUGUAUCCUGACCAACCUCCAAGCACUGAGCUCACUGAAAAGAGGUCUCGUGUUGUGGCCGAGUUGAAGAGACUGCAGACUGAAUCUGCACAAAUUUUUGACAUUUUUGCUGAUCCAGAAGUUCAGAAGCAAGUUCAAUCAUCACGGGACUACAAAACUCUUGUGAAUUAUUUGCAGGAAAAUCACAAGUUCAAGCCUGAGAUGCUGGAUGUUGUCUUCAAGUAUGCAAAGUUCCAGUAUGAAUGCGGCAACUACAGUGCCACCGCUGACUACAUGUACCUCUUCAGGUGCCUCGUCCCCCCUACUGACAAGAACUACCUGAGCUCUCUUUGGGGCAAGUUGGCCACAGAAAUCCUGACCCAGGACUGGGAGAACGCCCUGGAUGACCUGAACCGCCUAAAAGAGGUGCUGGACUCUGGGGUGACCACCAGCACGCCCCUGCAGGCGCUGCAGCAGCGCACCUGGCUCAUCCAUUGGUCUCUAUUCGUUUUCUUUAACCAUACCAAAGGACGCGAGCUGAUCAUCGAGAUGUUGCUGUACCAGACGCAGUACCUCAACGCCAUCCAGACGAUGUGCCCGCACGUGCUGCGCUACCUCGCCACCGCCGUCGUCAUCAACAAGUCCAGCCGCCGACAGGCGCUCAGGGAUUUGGUGAAAGUGAUCCAGCAAGAAAACUACAACUACAGUGACCCCAUCACUGAGUUCCUGGCUAGUCUCUACGUGGACUUUGAUUUUGAUGCGGCUCAGGAAAAACUGCAGCUUUGUGCUGAUGUUCUAAAGAACGACUUCUUCUUGGUGGCUUGCAUGAAGGACUUCAUUGACAAUGCUCGCCUCAUGAUCUUCGAGCUCUUCUGCAGGAUCCAUCAAUGCAUCAGCAUCAACAUGUUGGCGGAGAAGCUGAACAUGACACCGCCGGAUGCGGAACGCUGGAUUGUCGACCUCAUCAGGCAGGCCAAGCUUGACGCCAAGAUAGACUCCCAACAGGGUCACGUCGUGAUGGGGACGCAAGCCAUCUCGCCGUACCAGCAGCUGAUUGAAAAGACCAAGAACCUGAGCUUCCGCACGCAAAUGUUGGCCAUGAAUAUCGAGAAGAAAGCCAACACCGCUCGUUCUAACGAGGUGGUAUUCAAAGUAGGAGGGUAGAACGGUCUGGUUUGAUUGUUUACGCCCUAGUGAAUAUUCUGUAGUUACAACAGCAACACAUGUAUUUUCGAACUCAAUUCACGCGUAUUGACCUACUGAUUCAUUCUUUUCUCUUCACAGGCAUACAGUGACAUGCACUGAUGACUUCUGACCGUGUUCUAUGUUGCACUGCCAAUAAAAGGGGUCAUUUCUC